AUGAACGUUCGUCCUUUUGUUCAGUUAGGCAAUCUCAACCCUGCGUUAGACCAUCAAAAGAUUAGAGUCCGUAUCAUAAGACUUUGGAAGUCAUUCAAGUCCCUACAGAUGGUCUUCGUUGAUAGUGAUGGUACAAGGAUACAUGCAUCUAUUGAAGAUAGUUUGGUCAGCAGAUUUCAAAACCAACUUGCUGUCGGCGAGUCUAAAAUAGUUGAUACAUUCAGCUUAGUGGAUUUUGAUAAUGUAAUCGGCCAGAUCGUUGGUGUCGGAAAUCUUGAUAGCGUCAAAACGAAAGAGAAGGAUAAUGUCAAAUUGAGCGCUGAUGCUGUUGAUUUAAUACAACUUGAUGAUGAUCCAAGCCCUCAGAAACCAAAAGUGACAUUGUAUGAGGAGUUUUUCAUUAUGAACGAAAAAAGUACUAUGGACCAAAUCAUUUAUUCACUUGAGGUGCAGCUGUAUCCACCAGAAUCUCAAACUGGAAAAGAUUUACUUUAUAAUUGUGGAGUUUGUGAUGCUGAUGUUACGGAUGUUGAUUACAAGUAUAAACUCAUACUUCAUGAUGGGUACGGAAGUUCUCAAACGAUUAAGCUGCUCUUCUUUGACGGUCUUGCCCAACUAUUUAUUGGAAAAAAGGCAGAAGAACUGGCUUUGGAAAAACCUAAAGAUGAUACUGCAGCUAUUCCUGAAAGUCUCUCUGUCUUAGUAGGGAAGACUAUGCUGUUUAAAAUUUCGGUUACAAUUGAGAAUUUAAAUAGCGACAAAUCUGCAAUUUGGCAAGGAACUCUAUGGAAGGAAUGA